CAGCAAUAUUUAAGGCAGCAAGUCAGGGUCUUGCUCGACCAGGGUGUAAAGAUGGUAACUACCAAACCUAUCAUUGAGGGAUUCAGUGAGUUGGAAGUAUUUGCACUUGGGACUACUCUAUUACUGGAAGCUCUCCUUGGACUGUUCCUGAAUGUGAUAACGAUUUUAUCCUUUUACAAGAUAAAAGAAAUCCAGACACCAAGCAAUCUCUUAAUAGCCAGCUUGGCUGUAUCGGACACUGGCAUCUGCUUGAAUGCAUUUGUAGCUGCUUUCUCAAGCUUUCUAAGGUACUGGCCAUAUGGAUCAGAAGGUUGCCAGACUCAUGGUUUCCAAGGAUUUUUGACAUCUCUUGCUAGCAUUAAUGCGUGUGCUGCCAUUGCUUGGGACAGGUACCACCUGAACUGCAGCAGGUCAAGAUUACAAUGGAGCAGUACCAUGACUGUUUUGGCAAUUAUCUGGGGAUUUGCUGGAUUCUGGGCUUCUAUGCCAUUAUUUGGAUGGGGUGAAUAUGAUUACGAACCGUUACGAACUUGCUGCACACUGGAUUACUCUAAAGGUGACAGAACAUUUGUCUCAUUCUUCAUCCCAGUGGCAUUUUUUGAAUUUGUCUUCCCACUUUUCAUCAUGGUAACUUCUUACCAAUCUUGUGCGAAUAAAUUCAAGAAAACUGGACAAGUCAAGUUUAAUACUAGAUUACCUUUUAAGACUCUUUUGAUUUGCUGGGGACCAUAUAGCCUGUUGUGCACGUUUGCUGUCUUGGAAAAUGUUACUGUCUUGUCUCCAAAACUAAGGAUGCUCCCUGCCAUCGUUGCAAAGACGUCACCUAUAGCCAAUGCCUUCGUCUAUGCUCUUGGAAAUCCUAACUACAGAGGAGGGAUCUGGUCCUUCUUAACAGGAGAGAAAAUUGGAUCCAUUGAAAUGGAUGGGAAACUUAAAUAAGUAAAAUUCAACCAUUCACAGAACAAUCAUUGGAACAUAAACUGAAGUGCACACAGAAGCUUUAAGACCCAAUCUUUAUAUCAAGUUGCUUUCACAGUAGAAGCAUUUUGCACACUUUACAAACCAAGGAGUUAGAAUGAAUAUACUGGUAGAUUAUAACAACACUCGAAUAUGCAUGUACAGCUCUUGGCUUCAAAGAGCCAUAAAUCCAUGUUAUUUACACACACAAACAAAAACAGAAAUU